GCACCAGCACUCUUUGCAAAGUGACCUUUGGCCGAUGGACCUGUCCCCUUUGACACUCAAGCCUGAAGACACCUCUUCUACCAACCAAUCCCUGAACUGGGGGGAUGGAGUCACAUGUAGCUUGCUAACGGAGCGAGCACUAGGCAAACUCCAUCUUCAUCAGAAGUUUCAUAGCUGGUGGACCAUGGAGCUUCUGGUAAAUGUCAGAAAAUGGAUUGAAGAAAACAAGGCAGCCUUUUUACCUCCUGUGUGCAAUAAACUUAUGCAUCGACAUCAAUUGAAUGUGAUGUUUGUUGGAGGACCAAAUGAAAGGAAGGAUUAUCAUAUUGAAGAAGGAGAAGAGCUUUUUUACCAAGUGAAAGGAGACAUGUGUUUAAAGAUAAUUGAAAAUGGGAAGCAAAAAGACAUUGUCAUCCGAGAAGGGGAGAUGUUUCUCCUACCUGCCAGGAUACCUCAUUCUCCUCAGAGAUACGCAGACACUGUGGGUCUCGUGAUUGAGAGGGAAAGAUUAAAGACAGAAAUUGAUGGGCUCAGGUACUAUGUUGGAGAAUCAACUAAUGUCCUAUUUGAAAAGUGGUUUCACUGUGAAGAUCUUGGCACUCAACUUACACCAAUAAUUCAAGAGUUUUUCAAUUCAAGGCAGUAUAAAACUGGAAAACCAAAUCCAGACGAACUCCUGAAAGAAAUGCCUUUCCCACUGAAUUCCACUUCUGUUAUGGAGCCAUUAUCCUUACACGGCUGGUUGAACGACCAUCGCGGAGAAAUAAAACAGAAGCAAUCCUUGAGUAUCUUUGGAGAUAACUUUGAAACAGAGGUUAUAGCUUAUGGACUAGGAACAACUGAAAAAAGUAAAAGUAAUUCAGAUAUCUGGAUAUGGCAGCUGGAGGGUGCAUCUACAGUUACUAUGGAUGGUAAAACCCUGACUCUAACUGCUGGUGACAGCCUGCUUGUCCGUGCCCAAUCUCUGUACUUCUGGAAAAGAGAAGAAGAAUGUGUUGCUCUUUACAUUGCUCAGGAUCCAAAACGCAAGCAGCCUUAUAGUUAGUUUCCGUAACAGUUGACAUUGAUGAGAAAAAUUUUAACCUAUUUGUGUCAUCUUAAUAAAUUUAUAGUCAGAACACCUGUAAAUCUGAACAGUCUAACACAAUAAUUACACUGGAAUCAAGUGCUAUACCCUAUUGUAACUUUUUUUUCCCCAAGUAGUUAAUGUUUCAGCAAAAUCUACAAUCUGUAAUUUUGUUAAAAACAAGCAAAGCAAGAAUUCUUACAUGAAAGCAAAUGAAAACAGAUCCAUGUAGCAGGAUUAGCUAUAUAGUAAUAUAAGUGUUAGUAUCUGGAAUAAAUUGAAAGCUUUUCAAGUGCAAGUGUCCUCUGUGAGGUGAAGAAAAGGAGAUAGGACAGAUAUUGUUGUGCUUAUUUACAGAACAUUCUUCAUUUCUUUGCCUCAAUUUUGCCAUUAGUAAUAGAUUAGGUAUGUUAGUUAUCAAACCCACAGCACAGGGGCUUAUAUUUGUGGUAGUUUACAGAUCUUCUGAGAUCUUUAGAUAAAAAGCCCUUAAAAAUUAAAAAAAAAAAAAGCUUUAUCUGCUCUACUACUUGAGGAUCUCAAUCCCUUGGUGCAAAGUGGAAUGUGUGUUAGUAAAGGGGGAAGCAGUAGAAGCAGUAACAUCACACAUUACUUAGAUCAUCACUGUACUUGCUUCAGGUAACUUUAGCUGCUUAGCAAAUCUGGCAAUGCAGUACCAAUCACAGCUGGUAGUAACAUGCCAGAUAUACCGUGUGGGUUGCUGCCUAUGCACCACACUAUCAUCAUGGCAUCUUGGUCCUGAAUUUCCAGCUGUAGCAGUCUCUAUUUAAAAUAGCCUAAAACAUGUGGGUUUUGUUUGUUUAAAAAAAAAAAAAACAUGUUGCACUUUACAUUAUUAAACAUUUAACUAACCUGUUUUCUGAUGUUGAGCUUUAUCAAUUACAUGCUUGAAAAAGCAUGAAGUUACCAUGUCUUGAUUUUUGUAAUAACUCUAAUGAAAGUUCAGAAAAUAUUUCUUUAAUAUAUCUAUCACCCACAAAGAUCAGUAAACUGAAAUGUUGUAUGUGUUUUACACAAGUGUUCGUACUUCUGGUGAGAAAAACUGAGAUAUGUUGGCCUUAAUUUAUAAUAUAUUUAGGUUCAUUAGCUUUUCUAGUAAAGCAUACAGCAGAAUUUUGCUCCGUUCUCCUAAUAACAGGGGAUCUAAUUUGAGAACCUGAGCCCUGUCCUUAAGACUAUUAUGGUUGCGACCUACAACAGACAAGUGUCCCUUGAAUGAGGGAGUAAUUUAUCUGAUUACCUUUGGUAUUGAUAGGCCUGUCUGCCUGCAGGAUUGCCUGCUCCCUGAGUCAACAUCUACAGCUGAAGAAUCUAGGGUACCAUCUAGGGUACCAAAGCGUUGUAUUUUCAGUUUACCAGUUUGGAGGUAACUACUGCAGUGCUAGUUCUGGGUUUACUUCAUAUCACAGAAAUGUUUGUAUUUCACACAAUGGUAAUUGGAUAAGAUACACUAGUAUGUAGGAUGAUCUGCAGCAGCUCUUCACACAUUCAGAAGCACUGUGAGCCAUGGAAAUUUCAGAAUGCAAAUUUAAGCACCUCUAGAUUACAGAUACUUUGCAUCUUUAAAGACUUCAGGGUUUAGAAUUAAGGCUCCACUCAAACAUAUUCCUUCUCUUUCUAAAUAAGGCGCACCUGCUGUUUGAUUUGGGUACUGAUUUUCAAUCCGAAUCAUACACCUAUUCAGUCCAUCUAUUGCCCAUGGUUUCUCCAAGACUCAGAAACAAUGCCUUUAUACAAAUAUGAAUUCUAAACUACAAUUUACUCUACUACACAGAAGAGAAAAAACAUACCUGCACUACACUUCAAAAAUGAAUUAUUACUGCGACACACUCAGGACUGUCCAGAGUCACAAACCAGAGCUGGCUGACCUGAAAACUUAGAAGCACACUCAAAGGAGUCUGAACCUACCUACAGGCAUCUGCAGUUACCCAAGCCUGUAUUUCACCUAGCCUGGAAGUCAGCUGGAGUUUUCCCUUUAACUUCAAAUGGGAAGAGGCAAGUGGCCCAAUGUUGCCAGUUGUUUGGCAAACUAUCAAGAGAGGUUGUGGAUUUUUCAGUGCCUUUAAAAUGUUUGAACACAGUGAGAAAAAUGCUAAGUUUUGUGAAAAGAAAGAUAAGACACACCCUUUUAGCUACUAAUAUAUUGUUUUCUAUUAUCACAGCAUUUAAAUUUAUAUGAGCGAUAUAAACAUUAUGAUAGCAUUUCAAAUUGAGCAAGAGACCUUACGUUAGAGUCAGUUAUAAAUCAGCAACGUAGAUCAGAAAUAUUUAUAGUAACUACUGCCUCCAAUUGCCAACUAAGCUAGAUAGGUCUGACCUGAUAGUGUACUUUUUUUUCUUGUUUUGAGCUAAGCUGCAUUAUAAAAAUUAUUGAAAUAAAUUUCGAUACAGUCUCAAUAUAUUCUUCCUUAUUAAGUGUUGAAUUAUGAGACAAUAAUAAAAUAUGUUGAUUAGCACAGUUACAUUAUGUAUCUGCACCAGUAAAAUCCAACACAACUUUAUGCAAAACACAGGUAAACAGUGACCCUCACAGAUCAUGUUGUAACAUAUCACAGAAAUCAACAGCAGAGCUCAAGACUAUCCCAUUGUUCUUAAAAGUGACAGAGAACAGUUAAGGCAAGAUAAUGAUCAGAUGCCAACUACAUUUCAUGUUGCAAUGAAUAAAUUGAUAGCUUGCAAAAGUCAAAAGAUGAACUCUCCUUCCUCCAUGCUUGCUUUAUUUUUAGAUCCUGCUUGUUCCUUUGAAGUAACAAACUACCAGAGCCAGAAAACCAGACUAGAUGGAUCAAUUAACUGAUCAGGUGUGUUGUAGUAAACUCUUUCCUCAAACCCAUACAGCAUUUAUUAAUGCUUGUAAACCAAUCUUCUCUAAUUUUAUGAAGAUAAUACUUUCAUUCUGGUGUUAAAAGCAUUCAUUGUAGUCCAAUUUCAGAUCUCCAACCACAUUUAUGUUGUAGAACAGAUGCACGUAAAACAACACUCCCACCAUCAUAGCAUAUUUUUUUUUUUUUUUUUUUUUUUUUUUACAAAUUCCUACGAAACCAGCUUGUGUUCAUGAUGCAGAUUUCAGUGAGUUGUGGGUUCUUUCUACUUAUUUUAUUUCCAGUUAAUAAUUCAGAGUGCACUUUAAUAAACAUACCAGGCUAAUAAAGGUCAUCGCCUCCUGGACUGUUUCUGAUUGAAGACACACACAGUUGUAAAGCAAUUCUUCAGCAUCAAACUAUGCAGAAUAACAGCUGGUUGGACCCAAAUUAAAAGUGUUGAUUUUAAAGUAAUAAUGAAGAAUACAAAGUUAAUAUACACCCUGCAGCUCAGAGUAAAUAUCUCAACCCACAAGUGCCAGCACUAUCUGGCACAAAACAAUCUUAUGGUGGAUCCAGCCAGUGAUAUCAGUGAUUGUACAGAAAUUGUGGAAGUGCAUAAAAACUCUCCCUUUUAGUAUUACUGAAAUUUUUAUUAAAGCUUGAAAGCUAGGGGGAAAAUACAUAUCAAAUCAAUAUGUAUCCAACAGUUCCUGUUCAGCACCUUCGCAGAAAUAAACCCUGCUGUUAGGUAAAUCAAACCCAAAUGCAUGCAUCAGAUUCACUUCUGCAGACAGCUGUCCUGUUCAGAGAUCUGUGAAUCAUAUAAAACAACUCUUUCCAAAUUGAUGUUGCUUUAGGUUAAAUAUACCUCCAAGAUCUUUGACCAGGUAAUUCAAUUAAAUUGUAUCACAACCACAAAGAUUUGAACACCACUUUAUAUUUUUGAAGAGCAACUCAACAGGUGUAUAUAUAUGACCAUUACAUAGCUAAAUAAAAACAUAUGUCCCAGGUUUGGGAGACAAAUUAUGCUGAAGUCAGGGCAAAAUUAUUUGGGUUCUACAAACAUUUAAAUGCCACCCUGCCAUGCUUUGCUUUGAGGGUGCAGCCACCUCCACUGAGGACCCACAGGGCUUGGUUUCUACUCUUUCCAAGAUUUGAGCCAAGCUCAUUCUCUUCUUGCAAAUCACAGCCAGAGAUCUAUAACCCAAAAGUCUCAGGAAAAGGUCAAUGUCACAAGACGACGACCUAGAGACAGCUCCUAUCUCUGUGCAGAGGUGGGAAGUCAAACACUUAUUUUGGUGUCUUGCAGGAACAUCCCCAUCGCAGGGCACACUGUUAGGGGCAUCUCCAUGCCCACUUGGUAAAGCUCUGUGCUACUGUGGCAAAAUAAACUGAGCCAUACAGGGUUGCUCAUACCCCAGUAUUGCUAGUGAACUAGAGGAUAAUUCCUACUCCCCGAAUGGAGUUACAGAAAACAUUACUCUAUAAAAUAAAAGCUAGCACUGACAGAAAGCACAUAUCAUUACAAAGCCAUUGUUUCAGUGACAAUUAUUUGCCUGAACACAUUUGUGAUCUGAGCUGCCUGUUAGCAUCUUGGCAUACAUUACAAAAUGAAAGUAAACAACACAUUUUGACUUGGGAAAAAUAAUCAGCAGAUUGUCAGACCACAAAUAGAUCAGUUUGUUUACAUCAAUCUGAGAAAAAUGUUAACAGUUACCGAUUGCUUCUUGAUACUGGUGACUAACAACCCACAUGGUUCAAACCCUAUGUGCUUUAUUAGUGAAUGGCAGAUAAACAUCAAAUGCAUCAGGCCCUGUACCGGAUAAUAUCCUGUUAUUCUCUUCAGAAGAAGAAGAAUGGCAAAUAUUGAAUGAAACUAAGUAAAAGCUUGAAAACUCUCUGCUUUUUGUAUGACAUUGUGAAGUCUGAGAGACACAUCAUUAAAAAGGACAAGCACAUGCACCUGAAUAUUAAGCAAAACCCAUGCAAGCUCAUUUCAGGACCACUAUCUCUCUCCAUCCACAGCAUGUAAGUGGAAGCAGAAGAAAAUGAGAACUUGCUAACACCUGAUGAGACCUGUAGGAGUCAUAAACUGGCCAGCAUUAACUAUCAUCUGUAAUCAAGAACCCCAACAGACAAACAGUGAACCUGCAGUGUGACAUAAGAGAGUAACUGAUGUUGAAAGUGUAGGUAAUUAGAAAUGCUGAAUGAUGCAGAAAGCAUUGAUUCAAAGUUCUUUUAUGUAGUGGAAAGACACAGGAUAUAAAGCAAGAAAAUUGAAUGAGUCCCUUCCAGACAUACUUUUGGUUUAGAGAGCUCAGAUCAUAUGCUCCAAGAGGAAACAAUGACAUUUAAUAACUAUGAAACCACAGGAAAUGAAACUGCCAUAGACAUUUCAGAGAAAACAUGAAACUUCCUAGAAUAUAUUUUUAAUAUUCAUAAAGUAUUUUCAGCUACUAGGUUUCACUCAAUAAAUCAUAUAGUG